AUGAUCGGAAAGAAGGAGUUUCAAAGGGCGUAUCUCUCCUUCCAAAGAAAAUUUGCGCUGAUGAUGGUCAUCAUCGAAGGCUCCAACGAGGUCGACUUCGUUCCCAUCUUCAAGUACGAGAUGAAGAGAGCAGCAAUCAAGAAGAGUGAGAAUAAUGUCGUCAUCCAGUUGGAGAUGGAAAGCGAGGAAUUGGGCGGCCAAGAAGUGACGAUUUUCUUCAAUAAAAACUCCACCUUUCACGGAGAGAAUACUGAAGAUGUGGUCAAAAGAGAAGGGCCUUUCUUCUUUGUUGCAGAGAAAGAGGAAAGCUUCUCUUUGGAAACUACAGCUGCCAGUCCAGUUCCCGCCAGCGCAACGAAAGAGUUAAAAUCCGACUCGGAAGCAGGAGAAGAGGAUCUGCUUAACCCGACGAUCGCCGCUGGAACACCGGAGAUCGAGAUUUCGGCGAAGAAAGUCAAGCAAGAAGAAGCAACUGCCCUCGAAAUUGCCACGAUGGAAGAAGAUGAAGCGACCUCCUCGAGUAAAGUUUCAGGCGAAAUGAGAGGCUCGACUCCGGAUGUGCCAGUCGAGAGCAACAGCAGCCCAGCUGACUUGAACUUGGCGCCUCCUCCGAAAAAGUCAAAGCCGGCAACGGCUCUUCCUAGCUCCAACCUGCCGCCGGAGGUGAUGGCGAAAGUGAGAGAGAAAUUCGCGAGCAUUAACCAACUCAUGCCGCGGGUGGAAGAAAGCAUCGAAGAAAUCCAGGCCGUCAAGAAGCAAUUCGACGAGCAGUUGGAGCAAAGGGAGAAGGCCCGGGAAGAUCUGCGCCGAAACGUGGAAAAGGUGAUGAAGGACUCCGAGGAACAUGUCGCAGAGAGCGAGCGUAAGAAGGCGUUGGCGCUCAUGUUGAAGGAGUACAUGGAGAAGCUCAUCGCGGACAUGAACCGCAAAUAG